GAAAGUUGUUGAUCAGGAAGCUUCGUCGUUAAAAAGCAUGGGGGUAUAGAACCAGAAUGCUUUGCAACGAGAUGAUAAUAGCAUGCAUCCUCAAUCAGUAUGGUUGAAAUGAUAGAAAAUUUCAGUUAAAUUAUUCGUAAUGGUAAGCCAUAGAAGAAAAAUCAACUGCAUAUUGUCUGCAAGUUGCUUGCUUUCUUCCAUCUUUUCCUUGUACAUCCUCUUGUUGUGUUUCUGUCGUGUGGAUUGCUAUGCUAGAGAUACUUUGAAGCAGGGCGACUGGAUUACUGACAAUGGAACAGCCCUUGUCUCCAGUGGAGGAACUUUUAAACUGGGAUUCUUUACCUCUAACCACAAAAGGUUCGUUGGGAUAUGGUACAAACAGGAUCAACAAACAGUUGUAUGGGUUUCCAACCGAGACAGCCCAGUAGUUAACGCCACUGGAACUUUUGGAAUUGCAGAUGAUGGCAACUUCAAGAUAUCGGAUACCACAGGAAAAGAGUAUUGGUCUACAGAUAAAUCCUCGUCUACAAAUCGAACUCUGAAGCUCAUGGAUUCUGGAAACCUGGUCUUAAGCGAUGAUGAUGAUCAGUUGGCGACGAGUCUGUGGGAGAGCUUCCGAAGACCAACUCAUACAUUUCUUCCAGGUAUGAAGAUGGAUGAAAACCUGAUGUUGACUUCAUGGAUAGGUGAUGGUGACCCGGGAAUUGGGGAGUUCACGUUCAAGCAAUAUGAAGAAGAAGGGGGCCACUAUGUUAUCUCAAAACAGACAGGCGAUUAUUGGAGAAGUUGGAUGUCAGGCAAGUUCUCGAGCACAGAUGAAUUAAUGCCCUACGCCAUAGCCUACUUGUUAUCAAAUUUCAGCAAGAGCCUAAACCAGACCAAAUACCCACUUCCGCCAAAAAGCUCAGCACAACUGCUGCUGGAUUAUAAUUACACAAGGUUAGUGAUGAAUUAUAAUGGGGAAUUACAGUAUCUGAAAUGGGAUGCGGACAAGGGAAAUUGGUCUAUGAUAUGGAGGGAGCCGGAAGACAAUUGUAGCAUUUACAAUGCUUUUGGGAAAUUCGGCAGCUGCAAUAUCAGUCUCUCAGCUGCAGUAUCAGUCUCUCAGCUGAAAAUAGAGCCAAACUGUACUUCAUCCAGAGACUGCAAGGACUGGCCAAAUUCAACUUGCAAUAGAGGAACAGAUGGAAAGAAGAGGUGCCUUUGCAAUGGAAGCUUCCAAUGGGAUGGCUCAAAUUCAAAUUGUACUAAAGGUCUUGUAGCAGGUGAUUAUCCUCAGACUUCAAAAGAGCAUUCAAAAGGAAAGAUGUCGACGUUGACUCUAAUUGUUAUGAUUUCUCUAAUAGAAGUGUUUGUUCUCACAAGUGCAACAAUUGUAUGUAUAUAUUUGUGGAGAAGAAAGAUAGCCAGGAGACAAGACAACAGAAGAAGUAAUGAAAGAAAUCGAGUACUUCGCACAUUAGAUAGUGAAAGACAUCUGACAGAUUUAAUGGGCUCGGGUCAGUUCAGAGAAGAAGAUGAGAGAGGCAUAGAUGUACCUUUUUUUGAUUUGGAAGGCAUUUUAGCAGCUACAGAUAGCUUCUCAGAUGCAAACAAGCUCGGAGAGGGGGGCUAUGGGCCUGUUUACAAGGGCUUAUUUUCAGGAAGUCAAGAAAUUGCAGUAAAAAGGCUCUCAAGUGUCUCAGGACAAGGCUUACAAGAAUUUAAAAAUGAAGUGGUGUUGAUUGCAAAACUUCAACAUAGAAAUCUUGUUAGACUUCGGGGAUAUUGCAUAAAUGGAGAUGAAAAGAUUUUACUCUAUGAGUACAUGCCCAAUAAAAGCUUAGACUCAUUUAUAUUUGAUCAAAAGCGAAGCAUGUGUUUGGACUGGGAAAUGCGCAUCAACAUCAUUUUGGGAAUUGCUCGUGGGCUUCUUUAUCUUCACCACGACUCUAGAUUGAGGAUCAUUCAUAGAGAUUUGAAAACUAGCAACAUUCUUUUAGAUGAGGAGAUGAACCCCAAAAUAUCUGACUUUGGCUUGGCAAGGAUUAUUGGACGGAAAGAAACAGGGUCAAAUACAACUAGAGUAGUUGGAACUUAUGGUUAUAUGUCUCCGGAGUAUGCAUUAGAUGGACUUUUCUCAAUUAAAUCCGAUGUUUUUAGCUUUGGUGUAGUUCUACUUGAGAUUAUUAGCGGAAAAAAGAAUACAGGAUUUUAUGAGUCAGAACUAGCCAUGAGCCUUAUAGGCUAUGCAUGGAGAUUAUGGGGUGAAAUGAAGGUGUUGGAUUUAAUGGACCCGACUCUACCUGAAAUUUGCAAUGCAGAUCAGUUUGUGAAGUGCGUGAAUGUUGGACUCUUAUGCGUACAAGAAGACCCAAAAGACCGACCCACCAUGUCAAAUGUUAUUACCAUGCUUGACAGUGAAGUUGCAACAAUUCCAACUCCAAAACAGCCGGCAUUUGUUUCAUGGAGAGGCCUUUCUAGCAAAGCUACUUCUUCUAGCAAACCUGAUACAUAUACGGAAGUAACAAGUAGUACUGUAGAAGAAACAUGAUAAUGCCAGCUUAUGACAAUGGAAGUUAUCACGAGUCUGUCAUCUAUCAGACUUGCAAAAAUUCUAGUGGACCAAACAUUUGAUAUCAAUUCUAGUAGAGUAAAGCUCCUCGUAGAUACGGUGCUUACCUGAAAAAUCUCAUAUUUUGGAUCGUUGGGUUCAUCAUUC